UCUGAAGAGACUCCUGCUCAGUUUUUGCCAGUUCAGUUUCUAGGAGGGGAGCCAUACGUUCCAACUUCCAAACCCUAACAUUUUCCCAAAAAAAAAAAAUCCAAACCCUAACACCGGCCACCGCUGGAUUCAACCUUCGCAGCCUGACGACCCGACCGGCCUCGGCGCGAUGGCGUCUCCGGCGGUGCUGUGGUGAGGCUUCUCCUUAUCCGGACCAUCCCCCGAUUUCGGGGAUCUGUGAGUCUGACGCUGCGGCUGCGCCCCUCGCGCGGGGCGGUCGCGGGGGAUUCAGAGCGUGUGGCGGCCUCGUUUGCUGCCCGUGAGACGAAUCAAUCGCCAAAAGGUAAUCAAUUAGCUGCAGGGGAAGAGAAAGGGAGAUGCCGCCGGCGCGAUCUGCGAAGCGUGCCAGCGCGGAGAGCCUCUCCGGCGACCGGCUGAGCGCGCUGCCCGACGGCGUCCUCCACACCAUCCUGUCCUUCCUCCCGGCUCCGGAGGCGGUGCGGACCAGCGCGCUGUCGCGGCGGUGGAGGCACCUCUGGCGCACCGCGCCCUGUAUCAAAAUCGACAUGCGGGAGUUUGGGAUCACCCUCGUGACCUCCGGCGGCGACUUGAGCGAGAAAUGGCGCAAGUUUGAGGACUUCACCACCAGCCUGCUCUUGUUCCGCAGUGGAACCAUAUCGCUGGAUAGGUUCCGGUUAGAUGCUAGGCCCCAUUGCCUUCGUGUUGUGGAUCGAUGGGUUCGCCGUGGCCUCAUGUACUGCCCCCAAGUGCUCGAGGUUCUGAUGUGGGGUACCUCUGGGGGUGUCUUCCGGUUUCCUCAUCUGGGAGCCAGUUCCUGCAGGCUUAAAAGGUUGCAUCUUCAUGGAGUACACCUUGACAGUGAUUUCGCAGAGCAAAUCCAAUCCGGGUGCCUCAUGCUGGAAGAGCUAGAGCUCAAGAUUUGCACCCUCGGAUUUCAGGAAAUUACUUCACGCUCGCUCAAGAGGCUGAUUAUUGACACCACCUUGCGCAAUUUAACCGGAGGUCAUUUUGUUAUCACAGCUCCCUGUCUUCUAUAUCUACGAAUAAGGGAUUUAUUUGGAUGCUAUCCCAACGGCAUUUUCGUACACGUAACAGAUUCUCUUGUCAAAGCAAUCAUUUCUUUGAGUGACCAAGGUAAAACAUUUUCAUUGGGAAAUCAGCGCAGACUUCUUGUUGACCUGUGCAAUGUGCCAAAUUUAGAGUUGGGAGGUUUCCAGACAAAGGCAAUGCUCAUCGGGGAAUUGGAUAAAUUCCCAAUAUUCCGUAAUAUGCAAACUCUAAAACUUAUAGAUUGUUUCCAUGACAACCAUGAUCUGUAUGACAAAUUGGAAGCUCUUGGAACCUUUCUCCAGAAUGCUCCUUGUUUGAAGAAGCUUACUCUGCAGGGUUGUAUGUUUGAGGUGGAUUUUGGGAUGGAGGGGCAGAUUGUGAGGAAAAGCAUAAGUCUCCCACACGAGGGUAGAAAGAUUUUCCAGUGCCCGAAGAUGAAGUCUGUCGAAGUCAUCUAUGAAGGUGACCAUGACAACCAGCUACUCGAACUUCUGUGGGGCAUUGGGAGGAUCCUACCAAAUGUCACAGUCACAGUCACCAAUAUUGACUGUGCGGUCAUUAAUUUUGACUCACCUUAAUGCUCGUAGAUUAUCUUGAAACCUUUUGUGUCCAUUGCUAUAUUUCAUUGUGCAAGUUAUAAAGACAAAUUGUUCAUCUGCGUCUUUAUGAUUUGCAGUGUACCUUUUGCUUAACUUGAUGUUACUGCAUUCCAUGUGAUAUAAUUCCCAAAUGGUGUGAUGGUCACCUCUUGCUUAACUGACA